GUGGCAGAUAGCACUGCGCAUGAUCACACGUGUUUGUCCAGCUGCAGAAGCUUGCUGUGCAGGAGGCCUGGGUCCAGGGAUAGCUGCAGCCCUCGGACAUGUUACCUUUCUCUUUACGGCGCUUGGCUCAGCCUCUUCGGAGAUAUUGCAAUGUCCGGGCACAGCACACUCAGGCCGCAUUCCAAGCUGGAAACCACCCUUGGACAGGACAGGAAAGCCUUGCAGAAGGCGACCCUGAGAUGUGGGAUCUCGUUCAGAAAGAGAAGGACAGGCAGUGCCGUGGGUUGGAGCUGAUAGCUUCUGAGAAUUUCUGUAGUCGCGCGGCCCUCGAAGCGCUUGGUUCCUGUCUCAACAACAAAUAUUCUGAGGGUUACCCAGGAAAGAGGUAUUACGGUGGUGCUGAAGUUGUGGACCAGAUAGAGAUACUGUGCCAGAACCGAGCUCUAGAAGCCUUCAGGUUGGACCCAGAAAAAUGGGGUGUGAAUGUGCAGCCGUAUUCUGGCUCCCCAGCUAAUUUUGCAGCAUACACGGCUCUCUUGCAGCCUCAUGACCGACUCAUGGGACUUGACCUUCCCGAUGGGGGACAUCUCACCCACGGGUACAUGUCUGAUGUGAAACGCAUCUCCGCAACCUCGAUUUACUUUGAGUCCAUGCCUUAUAAGCUAAAUCAAGCAACAGGGCUAAUCGACUAUGACCAGUUGGAAGUCACGGCACGUCUUUUCCGGCCAAAGCUUAUCAUUGCAGGAACAAGUGCGUACGCACGGCUGAUUGACUAUUCCAGAAUAAAGAAGGUUUGUGAGGACGUAAAGGCUAUACUUUUGGCAGACAUGGCUCACAUCAGUGGCCUCGUAGCAGCUGGGGUCAUUCCAUCUCCUUUUGAUCAUGCAGAUGUCGUCACAACAACAACACACAAAACCUUAAGAGGAGCCAGGUCUGGGCUCAUAUUUUUCAGAAAAGGCUUGAAAUCUGUGGACAAUAAGACUGGAAAAGAGAUUCAUUACAACUUUGAAGAUAAAAUAAACUUUGCCGUUUUCCCUUCCAUUCAGGGAGGGCCUCACAAUCAUGCAAUUGCGGCAGUGGCUGUAGCUUUAAAACAGGCCAGCUCACCGAUGUUCCGCGAGUACGCCACACAAGUCCUGAAGAAUGCCAAGUCUAUGGCUGCAUCACUGCUAAAGAAGGGUUACACCUUGGUGUCAGGGGGGACGGACAACCAUCUAGUUUUGGUAGAUCUGAGACCAAAGGGAAUUGAUGGAGCAAGAGCAGAGAGGGUGCUGGAGCUUGUAUCGAUAACCGCCAACAAGAACACGUGCCCUGGUGACAAGAGUGCCGUGACUCCUGGAGGACUGAGGCUGGGUGCCCCUGCAUUAACAUCACGCUGUUUCAAAGAAGCUGACUUUGCAAAGGUUGUAGAUUUCAUUGAUGAAGGAAUCCAGAUUGGACUAGAUGUAAAGAGCAAGACGAAAAAGCUUCAAGACUUUAAGAACUUUCUUCUUGAGGACCAAGAUACCGUAGAGCGAAUUGUAAAUCUCCGUCAGCGUGUGGAGGCGUUUGCUCGUGCGUUCCCCAUGCCAGGAUUUGAGAAGCGCUAAAGACAUAGAUAGUGGAUAGUUGUAACAAACAGAUUUUUACUUUCUAACAUUCUUUCCAUGCUUGUACAGCCAUGAUAUUUUUAGAUUUCUUCUUUUUUUUAUUCUCCUCAUUACCUUAUUCCUCUGUCUUUUCUGUUUGUGACCAACUCCCUUCUCCCAUUACUAACGUCUCCCAUGGCCUGUAGCACGAGGGCUGGUUGAAGAUCUAAGAAUGGGUGCUAAUGCCUCCGCAGUGGCUGCAGGUAACCGCUGUGAUUUUCCAGGGUUGGCAACUGUCAAUAAAAGCAAUAAACAUCUAUAAGCCA